GUAGACUUUUAUAUUGGUACCGGGGCUUUUAUUUAACAAACGGAAGCUUGUAGACGUUUUCCGUUCCGUACCAAGCUAGCGUAAAACAGUGACCUUCUCGGAGUGGUCCAGUGCAGUAACAUUCUGAAAAUGGCAGGUGGUGCAUUCGCUGGCUGGUGGACGAAGGUGGCCCCUUACUACACCAGGGCAUACCAGGAGAUGUGGGUUGGUGUAGGAAUCAUGACAAUAAUGUACUACAAACUUUCUUUUGGAGGAAAGAAGAAAGCAGUGCAGUCAAAGCCUGCCCAUUGAUUGGACCACUUGGCGGUAGUGUCUCUCCCCACAUUCUCUAUGUAAAUCUUCCCCAGAAGAACUUCAGCUGGAUAUCUGUAUUUUAUUUUAUGUUAAGAAUAAAAUGCUUGAUUUGGAUCACCCUAUGGACAAUGCACUCACUCGUAGUGUUUUACUCUGGCAUGCAGAAAAUACAUUUGAUACAGGUUUACAGAUCUGUGAUACCUAAUAUAAGAAACAUUAAACAGUUUGGUUAACUUAUGGAAAUAAAAUAAUAAAACAAUA